CCCAAGCAUCACAUAACAGGACUACUGCCAAUCCAUGGCUGCCUGUGGAAGCCUACAACACAUCUUUGACAACCCAUUACCCGAAAACCCAACACUGCUUGAAUCCCUCUCUCCAUGGAACCAAAUCAAGACUGUUAAAUCUGUUGAUCAACAACCUUCUUCCUUCACUGAAAUCUUCGGCGAACUCCAUUUCAAGGAAAACCCUCCUCCACCUCGCUUCACCAGAUAUGGUAGUUGUCACAGCCACAGGAAUAAUGAAAGUUUCUCGGUAAUGAACUUGGAGAGCUUGCAACUGUGCACUGAAGGACUAGGGGUUGAGAGCUCCGACGACGUUGUGGAGGACUUGAGCCAAGAGGAGAAACCGGAUGUUGGUCCUCCGAAGCAACAGAGUUCGUGUGGGGAAUUCAGGCGGUCGAGAACAAGUUACGGAGCAACGUAUCCGCCGCCAAUAUCCUGUAUAGGGGAAACAGGUAAACCGUGGGUUUGGUUCAAGCGGUAUAGGCAAAACGGAAGAUUUGUAUUGAGGGAGAUGAGAAUUCCGACGCGGGAAAUCUUGCGUGCUUGCAGAGAAGAUGGACGUUUGACGCUGCAUUUCGUGCACCCAAAUGAUGAUGAGGGAGAAUAUGACGACGAGGAAGAAGAAGAUCUAUUAGAUAAAGAAGAAGAAGAGAGUGAAGAAGACGAAGAAGUGCUGAAAAAUGAAAUCAAAGAGAAUUUACCAUAGGUAGGAAACUACUUCUUCUUUUUUCUUUUUCAAGUAGGUUCUUAAAUUACAAGAAAACACAAGGGUCUCCACUGUUUUCUGUUUAUUCGGUCUCUUCCAAUUCCAAGGACUCUAGAAUGCAAAUUAAUACAGAACAGAACAGAGU